AUGUUGUCCGUGCUAAUCGCCUUCCAGGAUGGGGACUGUGUGAUCUCCACUGCAUCUGGUUGGAGAAAUUGCAAAAUAUGGCUGCUAAUCGAUAUCAGUGGUGUUCUUGUUGUUGGUUUCUAUCCUGAUUGCCCGAGUGACUGUCUGGAGGCUUUCGCAGACGGCACCGGAGCAUCAGUGUUGGUCAAUGAUGUCAUGUUGUCGACGAUGAUGAUGUACUUGGGUCUUGGAUUUUCGUUUCAUAUGGACGUUUCAUAUGGAAAGAUUCCCCAAACACUGAAUGCUGAAGAGCCUAAAAACCGAUGGGGAGCGUUGGUGGACAGAGGUACACCGAAAGGGAAAAGCCUUUUCAACCAGGAGCAGCCACUACCUAUUGCAGUUAACCCGAUCAAUAAGCCCAAGAGAGGCGGGUGCCCGUUAGGAAGGGAAUGGUACAUCCUCAGUCACGAGCUAGACACUUCGAAUAACUUAGUUCAGUUAUAG